CGGGAGCUGCUGUUCUGGCUAUUUCGAUGCGUGUAGUUGAAAGAGCAGGUAGGAAAAAACGAUCUAAUCAUGCUUACGGAAAAGGAUCAGCUCGUUUCGGCAGACGAAGAAAAGAUCAAGACAGUGGGAAGAAUGACCAAUGUCGCUUUUCGAUUAGGAAAGGUGCACGCGUUAGGAGAUGUCGUGGUAUUAGACAUAAGCACCUAUGAUGUCCUUUUCGGCCUUCCCGCUCUUGUGGCGUUACGAGCAAACUUGGAUUUCGAGCGACGGUCAACCAUCCUCCGAAAUACGGGAGGAAAGCCCUAUGCUGUACCUAUGAGGCUGACCCUUCGUACUACCAUCAACGCGGUCCCGCGAGUUUCUCCGAUGAUAGCGGGAACUCUUCGCAUAAUCACCUGGGAAGACUCCGCAGACGAUGAGCCAUCAUCGAAGGAUGUGGAAAGCAGUGACGAAAAUGAUCCGCAAAUUCUGAAACUAGCACGACGACACAUUUAUUACCCGCCACCCAGAACGAUCGCAAGAACGAUGCAUCUAACCAGUCGGAAUAUCCAAAGGACCAAAGCGAUGAUUUUGGGUGAACCCCUCGUACAAAUUUCGAGGAUGGUCGAUUCCUUGGAACCCCCUCAAACCCUGUACGAAGGAAUUUCCCCUCUCCUCGCCCGAUACAACGACAAAAAACACUACUGCGAUAUCACAGAUGUCCCGAAGUCCCUAUUGACACCCGCAAAAGAAGUACGACUGCUACGCCUGGGGUCGAAGGCCAGUCCUUUGGAACCCCCUGGGCAUCUCGAGGUUGAAUCAAAUGAGCUCGUGAUAAAGAUCGCAACUAGAACCGUACCAUGGCAAGAUAUCUGCGAUGGAAUCACCCCGGAAGGACACGUGGCCAUCCGGGAGGAAGACGCCCAGAUAAUGGUUACGGUGUUCUCCUGGCGAUUUGCGCCACCACCUGAUGUGGCGAAACAAGCACGCACGAAGCAGAUCGACGUACGGAUCCGGGAUCAACUUUUAGAAUUACACGUUCCACAGUACGUACCUGAUGAGAUUCAUCGUUUGAUUGCGGACAUUCUGAUGGAAUAUCAGGGAGCGAUUAGCGUAACGGACACUGACAUCGGCUUGUCAUUCGUCAUUCAACACGAAAUUCAGACGGGAAACCAUUCCCCAAUUCACUGCAAGCCCUACCGAUAUUCCCUGAUAGAACGAAAAAAGGUUCUCGAACGAAUUCGGGAAUUUGAAGCAAGCGGUUGGAUCGAACCCACCACUGGACCAUGGUCAUUUCCAGUAGUGUUAGUACCGAAGAAGAAUGGAUCAAUCCGCAUAUGCAUCGAUUAUCGCAAACUGAAUGAGAUCACAAUCAAAGAUGUUUAUCCGCUCCCCCGGAUUGAUGAUUUGUUGGAUGCGAUUGGUUGUGCUAAUUAUUUUAGCAAGUUUGAUAUUCGGCAUGGCUUCCAUCACAUUCUGGUUAAGGAAGAAGACAGGCCGAAGACGGACUUCGUGUUGUUUGAAGGCACGUGGCAGUGGGUUCGAUUUCCGAUAGGAAUUUGUAACGCGCCUGCCACUUUUCAGCGAGCGAUGAACGUGACGUUCCAGAACUUCGUCAACAAGACACGGCUAACUCAGGGAAUGAUCAACUUCUGCCUGAUCGUGUACAUGGAUGAUAUCCUUGUCUACUCGGAAACCUAUCACGGACAUGCACAAUACAUUAGGUGGACAUUGGGAGCACUGAGAGACGCUGGAUUCAAGAUUGCACUCGAGAAGAGCGAAUUUUUCCUCUCGGAAAUUUCGUUCUUGGGAUACGUGGUGACACGUGGAGGGCUGCGACCGGAUUCCAGGAAACUUGCGGUUGUGAAAGAAGCCCCAGUUCCCACGUCGCUGACGCAGGUUCGAGCCUUCUUGGGCCUGGCGUCGUACUACCGCCAUUUUAUCAAAGGGUUUGCGGCGAUUGCUCGGCCUCUCACGAACCUGCUUCGGAAGGACCAGCCUCUGCAGUGGGACUAUGAGUGUGGACGAGCCUUUGAUGCACUCAAAGAGGCCCUGGUUACAACACCUAUUUUGAUCCGACCGGACCCUACUAAGCAAUUUAUUCUUAUAACGGUCUGGCAACCGGAAGCGAUCUCCGCCAUUCUAGCACAAAAGGGGAACGAUGGUCGCGAACAUGUCAUCGAGUACACGUCACAAACAGUGCCGGAUGAACGGAGGAAUGAUUCAACACCUCAAGGCGAAUGCUAUGCAGUAGUCUGGGGAAUCCAACAAUUCCAUCCAUAUCUCUACGGACAGAAGUUCCGCCUCGUGAUGGAUCAUGCGCCUCUGCUGGCUUUGAAGAAGCUCACUAACUACACGGGCAUGAUUGGACGUUGGGCGGUGCGUCUACAGGAGUACGACUUCGACAUCAUCCAUCGGAAGACAGAAAGACACGGCAACGCGGACGGACUGACACGUCUGCAUCGGCCCGCUAAAUGGUCAGCGUGCUUGGAGAAGCCCGGAAAUGACCGCAACCCGCCAUCGCAGUGGGAUUAUCUAAGCCCACGAGAGAUCAUCGAUCCCGCCUACUUCCGGGAUCGAACGGCCACCGAGGACGAGGUGAUAGCGGCAGAAGAAGAAGCAGCCGAAGAAGAAGAAGAAGGGGAGGACGACGAGGAAAAAACUCCCGAAGAGGGGAGUUACAGCGAGCACAGCGAAGGGGAGCAAAGUGAGGAGGAGGAGGAGGAAGAAGAACAAAGCCCGGAGGAGGAGGAAGAAGAAGAAGAUCAGGAGGAGCUAGAAGAGUUAGAGUGGGAAGGAUUUGAGGAGGAGGUGCGUGCGGAGGCUCGAGCACACGCCCAAGCGCAGAAGAAGGAGGAGAUCGCGACCGAAAAGCGACAACUGGAGUUUGCCAGCGCAGCAGGUCCGCCGACCAUCGACGAUCCAGAGCCGCCCAAGCCUGAACAUGGGGACCCAGCUGCUGAGACUUCGGCCGCAGCGGCAAGGCGGCGACGAAGUCGAUCCCCCUUCCCCUCCACCACCGACCGUCCACUAGCCACAUCAGCAGCGGCACGUCAGCAGGCCACAUCAGCGUUAGUCAGCAGAGACGUCCGUGCCACGUUAGCAGGCCACGUCAGUGACACAUCAGCAGACGUCCAUGACAUGUCAGCAGACCACAUCAGCAGUGACAUGUCAGCGGACAACAUCAACGACGCAUCAGCAGACGUCCGUGCCAUGGACAAUGAGUCCGAGGCAGACUACGAGACCCGGCUGGCUGACAUGAUGCUCGAGCUUAAGCAACGAGCAGAUGCGGCACUUUCCGCUCGAGAGAAGCAAGAAAGAGAAGCCACCUUACAGCAGCAAGCGAAUGAGGACGCAGCACGUCAGGCUGCAGACGAAGCACGGCAAACACGCCGAGAUGCACUAUUCGAGGAGGAGGCCGAAGUAUUGACCUUGGCCACCGAAUGGGACACAUUGGCCAACUUGAAGGAGGAAGGUGCCUUUGAGACCGUGCAGAAGUUCUCCAAGGUCAUCAAGCGAAUCGUGGACCUGGUGGCCACCAGCAUGGCCCAGCAAGAGGAUAUCCUCACACUGGACAACAACGUGCAGAAAUUGACCACCCGUGUCCAUACCUUGGAACAGCGGCCUGUUGCAGGAACAGCCGUUGGCCCCUCCAACAUUCCAGAUCGCGUCAACACUUUGGAGAUUGACGUCGGCACUCUCAAGGACGGUGCUCAGCAGCAGCACGCAACCAACCAACAGUUGGAACAGGAGAUUCGUGCAGAGGCCGCAAGUCUAGCCUCGUCAUCUUCCAAACGUCUACCCAAGUUUGAUGGCAUUCCGGUCUUCUGCGACACAUCGAAGACUGAUUCAAUACCGUGGUGGCGGCAAUUCGCAUUGCGUUUGCGCAUGUCCAAUGUGAGCAGCACCAAACGGCAUGCCUGCCUCUACCACCGGUCGGGAGGCGCGUGGCAAGCAUGGCUUGACAACAUGUUGUCCACACACAAGGUCGACAUCUCCGAGCUGCACGCAAAGAUCAGUUGGACUGAUCUCACGACAGCAUGACACACGCGGUUCCAAGUGGAGCCACCCGAGCUUCAGGCGAUGGAGCAACUGCAAAAG